AUGAGCUUAGAAAAUGAAGACAAGCGAGCUCGCACCCGAUCCAAGGCCCUGCGAGGACCCCCAGAGACCACAGCUGCAGACCUCAGCUGCCCCACCCCAGGAUGCACUGGCUCAGGACACGUCCGGGGCAAGUACUCCAGGCACCGAAGUUUACAGAGCUGCCCCCUGGCCAAGAAGAGGAAGUUGGAGGGCGCUGAGGCUGAGCACCUGGUGUCCAAGAGGAAGUCGCACCCCCUGAAGCUGGCUCUGGACGAGGGCUAUGGUGUGGACAGCGACGGCAGUGAGGACACCGAGGUGAAGGACGCCUCUGUUUCGGAUGAAUCGGAAGGAACUCUGGAGGGGGCCGAGGCUGAGACAUCAGGACAGGAGGAGAUUCAUCGCCCCGAGCCAGCUGAAGGAAGGAGCCCCAUCAAGUCCCAUUUUGGAUCCAACCCCACUGGCUCCUCCAAGGGCAGCUAUAGCAGCUACCAGGGAAUCAUCGCCACUUCUCUCCUGAACUUGGGUCAGAUUGCUGAAGAGACCCUGGCGGCCAAGCCAGGCCCUGGCAUUGUGCACCUGCUUCAGGAGGCCACAGAGGGAGCUGCCAGCGAGGAGGGUGAAAAAGGCCUCUUCAUCCAGCCAGAGGAUGCCGAGGAGGUUGUAGAAGUCACCACCGAACGCUGCCAGGACCUGUGUCCCCAGUCCCUGGAGGAUGCAGCCAGUGAGGAGUCCAGCAAGCAGAAAGGCAUCCUGAGUCACGAAGAGGAGGACGAGGAGGAGGAGGAGGAGGAGGAAGAGGAGGAGGAAGAGGAUGAAGAAGAGGAAGAGGACGAGGAAGAGGAGGAGGAAGAGGACGAGGAGGAGGAAGAGGAGGAGGAGGAGGAAGAGGCAGCUCCUGAUGUGAUCUUUCAGGAGGACACCUCUCACGCCUCUGCCCAGAAGGCCCCUGAGCUCCAGGGCCCAGAACCACCCAGUCCCAAGCCUGAGUACUCUGUUAUUGUGGAGGUCCGCUCGGAUGAUGACAAGGACGAGGACACCCACUCCCAGAAGUCAACAGUCACUGACGAGUCAGAGAUGCAUGACAUGAUGACCCGGGGAAACCUGGGCCUCCUGGAGCAGGCCAUUGCCCUGAAGGCUGAACAGGUGCGCACGGUCUGUGAGCCGGGCUGCCCGCCUGCUGAGCGGAGCCCGCUGGGCCUGGGAGAGCCAGGGAAGGCAGCAAAGGCCCUGGACGCUGUUCGGAAGAGCUACUACAGUAAAGAUCCUUCAAGAGCUGAGAAGCGUGAGAUCAAGUGUCCAACACCAGGCUGUGACGGCACUGGCCACGUGACCGGGUUGUACCCGCACCACCGCAGCCUUUCUGGCUGUCCCCACAAGGACAGGAUCCCCCCGGAGAUCUUAGCCAUGCAUGAGAAUGUGCUGAAGUGCCCCACUCCCGGCUGCACAGGCCAGGGCCAUGUGAACAGCAACCGCAACACGCACAGAAGUUUGUCUGGGUGUCCCAUUGCUGCCGCCGAAAAAUUAGCCAAAUCCCAUGAGAAGCAGCAGCCGCAGACAGGAGAUCCUUCCAAGAGUAGCUCCAGUUCCGAUCGGAUCCUCAGGCCUAUGUGCUUCGUGAAGCAGCUCGAGGUCCCUCCAUAUGGGAGCUACCGGCCCAACGUGGCCCCUACCACGCCCAGGGCCAACUUGGCCAAGGAGCUGGAGAAGUUCUCCAAGGUCACCUUUGACUACGCAAGUUUCGAUGCUCAGGUUUUUGGCAAACGCAUGCUUGCCCCAAAGAUUCAGACCAGCGAAACCUCACCUAAAGCCUUUCAAUGCUUUGACUACUCACACGAUGCCGAGGCUGCACACAUGGCUGCCACUGCCAUCCUGAACCUCUCCACACGCUGCUGGGAGAUGCCUGAGAACCUCAGCACGAAGCCACAGGACCUCCCCAGCAAGUCUGUGGAUAUUGAGGUAGAUGAAAAUGGAACCCUGGACUUGAGCAUGCACAAACACCGCAGGCGAGAACAGGCUUUCCCCAGCAGCAGCAGCUGCAGCAGCAGCCCCGGCGUGAAGUCUCCCGACACCUCCCAGCGCCAGAGCAGCACCAGCGCCCCCAGCAGCUCCAUGACCUCUCCCCAGUCCAGCCAGGCCUCCCGCCAGGAUGAGUGGGACCGGCCUCUGGACUACACCAAGCCCAGCCGCCUGAGAGAGGAGGAACCUGAGGAGUCAGAGCCAGCAGCCCAUUCUUUUGCUUCUUCUGAAGCAGAUGACCAGGAAGUGUCGGAAGAGAAUUUUGAGGAGCGGAAGUAUCCGGGGGAAGUCACCCUGACCAACUUUAAGCUGAAGUUUCUCUCCAAGGACAUAAAGAAGGAACUGCUCACCUGUCCCACCCCUGGCUGUGACGGCAGCGGCCACAUCACUGGGAACUAUGCCUCCCACCGCAGCCUCUCUGGUUGCCCUCUUGCUGACAAGAGCCUCAGAAACCUCAUGGCUGCCCACUCUGCUGACCUCAAGUGCCCCACGCCUGGCUGUGACGGCUCUGGCCAUAUCACAGGGAACUACGCUUCACACCGGAGCUUGUCCGGCUGCCCUCGUGCAAAGAAAAGUGGAGUCAAGGUGGCACCCACCAAGGACGACAAGGAGGACCCCGAGCUGAUGAAGUGCCCAGUUCCAGGCUGUGUGGGGCUUGGUCACAUCAGCGGAAAAUACGCCUCUCACAGGAGCGCGUCCGGCUGCCCACUGGCCGCCCGCAGGCAGAAGGAAGGUUCCCUCAAUGGCUCGUCAUUCUCCUGGAAGUCCCUGAAGAAUGAAGGACCGACCUGCCCCACCCCGGGCUGUGACGGCUCUGGCCACGCCAAUGGGAGUUUCCUCACCCACCGGAGUUUGUCAGGAUGUCCCAGAGCAACAUUUGCUGGAAAGAAGGGAAAACUCUCAGGGGAUGAGGUCCUCAGUCCAAAAUUCAAGACUAGCGAUGUGUUGGAGAAUGAUGAGGAGAUCAAGCAGCUGAACCAGGAGAUCCGAGACCUGAACGAGUCCAACUCGGAGAUGGAGGCCGCCAUGGUACAGCUGCAGUCCCAGAUCUCCUCCAUGGAGAAGAACCUGAAGAACAUCGAGGAGGAGAACAAGCUCAUUGAGGAGCAGAAUGAAGCCCUGUUUCUGGAGCUGUCUGGCUUGAGCCAGGCCCUCAUCCAAAGUCUCGCCAAUAUCCGCCUUCCACACAUGGAGCCAAUAUGCGAACAGAAUUUCGAUGCCUAUGUGAGCACCCUCACCGACAUGUACUCCAACCAGGAGUGCUACCAGAACCCGGAGAACAAGGACCUCCUGGAGAGCAUCAAGCAGGCUGUGAGGGGCAUCCAGGUCUAGGCCGUGUGGCACCCAGGAGUGUCCCAGCCCACCACACCGUUUACCUCCCCCGCCCUGCCCCACACCGUGGGGAUGCCCAACUCACAGUGACUUCCCGUUCGCGGCCCGGUGUGGCCUCGGGUGGGUUUAUCCAAAGGGAUGGCUGGAAAUCGGCCUCUCCCACGAUGCUCCCUCCAGGCUUGGGGCCGUGGCGGCCCCAUCC